AUGAAAAAAUUUCAAUUACAACGACAACAAUCACAUUGGACAAAAGUAAAAUAUAUUAUUCGAUUACUUCGUAAUACAUUAAAUGCUUGUAUAAGAUUAAAAUAUUUAAUAUUAGAAAAAAAACGAGCCAUUGAAAAUAAACAAGAUAGUGAAAGUAUUAUGCAUCGAGCUAUUUCAAAUUGUCUAUAUGGAAAUGAUAAUAAUAUAUCGAUAUUUGUAGGAAAUUAA